AUGGCAUCGAAAAGGGUUUUGUUGGUUGGCUUGGGCAACCAUACGCACCCACAAACAUGGCAUAGCAUAGGGAUGCUUCUUUUAGAUCAUAUAGCAUCACAGUUAAAUAUCACUUGGUCAAAAAAUAAAUCGAUUCACGCAUACAUCACACAACCAACUACGAUCUACGUCGACCCUUCUUUUUUAUCAAGGUCAUCAUCAUUUAAACAAUGUAAACUUUCCAAGAAAAAGAGAGCAAAAAAGAAAGAAUGGGAUUUUGGUAGUGAAUCAGAUGAAGAUAUCAAGACGAACAUCAAUUCUACCGUUCAAAAUGAUGUGUUUAAUAGUUCAGAUCUCCUUUCAGAGAUCGAUUCGUCAUUACUAUACGAUUCCUCAAAACAUCCUUCUCCAUUAUCAUCAACAUCAUCGGAAUUGCCAGAUGGUACACCCUCACCUAAGAUUCAACCAACAAAAUCCAAACCAAAACUUGAUCCGGUUCCUAUUGAAUUUACUCUAUUGAAACCUAUGUUUUUAAUGAAUGUUAGUGGGAAAUCGGUCUCGAAAGCAGCACGAGAGCUUCAAUUCUCGCAUUCGAAUAUGAUAAUUAUUCAUGAUGAUAUGCAGCGCGAACUCGGUAAAUUCAGCAUAAAAAAUGGUGGCAGUGCAAAUGGACAUAACGGAAUUAAAUCAUUGAUCGAUCAUCUGAAAACAGACGCAUUUCAAAGAUUACGAAUUGGCAUAGGCAGACCUCCAAAUGAUGAUCGAUCACGUGACACCGUAUCAGAUUUUGUUUUGUCACGUAUUCCUUCCAAUGAAAUGGAAAUUUAUAAAAAUGACAUAUUUCCAAAAUGUAAAGAUGAAUUAUUUAAAGCUAGCAUAAAUACCAAAUAA